UCCACUUGGACAGAUCAUCCAAACAUCCAACCGCCGAAAUGGGUAAAAAGAAGAGAUCCCAGGUCUUUGUCCUUAAGCCAUGGUGUUGGUACUGUGAACGAGAGUUUGAGGAUGACAAAGUCCUUCUGCAACAUCAAAAAUCCAAGCACUUCAAGUGUCAGCUUUGUCCCAGAAAACUGAACACGGCUGGUGGUUUGAUGGUACAUAGUCAGCAAGUGCACAAAUGUGAUCCCGAACCACUCACAAACACGCUUCCCGGUCGGGAUGGUUAUGAUAUUGAAAUUUUCGGUAUGGAGGGCGUGCCUGCGAAUGCACAGGCAGAAUGGAAGGCAAGGAAAGAAGCCGAGGCCGGAACAGCUUUGCUUGCGGCUGCCGCUGCUGCCAAGCGUCCGCGAAACUCUUACAAUGUCAUUCCAGAGGCAGAUUUGCGAGCUGCCUUGGCCCAACACAAGGUCUUGAUGGCGGCAAGGAACAAAGCUGCUCCUGCCACCCCUUUUCCACCGUUUAUGGGCGCUCCUCCUCCCUUCCCCCCAGGUUUCCCACCUGCUGGGGCGCCGCCUUUUGCUGGGAUGCCACCCCCUUUGCCUCCAGGCGCCAUACCCCCUUUUGCUCCCCCUGGUGUACGCCCUCCAUUCCCUCCCCCUGGGCCAUCUCCGUUUACUUCCGCUGGCAAUGCGCCAGAUGGUCUGGUAUCCACACCCACAUUCAGUUCUGUGAACCCUCCUAAUUUCGUUCCUUCAACGAGUGGUUCAGGUCUUGCUGAGACCAAUGUGUUGCCGAGUAAAGAUGGCGUUAUUUGGCCGGAUACUGCAGCAUCUCCGUACGAAAAACGAGCCCAACAACCGCGAUAUAGAUAUGCGUCGCCCGCUCAUCGGGUUGAGGAAGAGGAUGGCAGUGCCGCUGGGAGAAAGAGAAAGGCUGCUGCCGAUUUUUUGUAACCCUCAUGAAAGGCCACACCGGCUUCGGACUAAUUAAGAAGAGUCUGGGGUCUAUUGUGCUUUUAGCCUUGGAUUUCUGCCAUGUAACCGUACUACACAAUUCAUAUAACCCAUGCUGCAUAAUCAAUUUAAAAA